GCCUCUUCCCGCCCUCCUCUGGUCAGGAAGACGCCGUCUUCUGGGCUUCACGCACGCCGCCUCCUCAGCCCAUGGCGUGUUUGGAGCGAGCUGUCAGCCCCUUUCCCCACGUGUAGUCACCCCCUGCUGCUGCGCCUCUGUCUGCUCACUUUACUUUCCACCAUGUCUGUAGUUAAAACGUGUUUUAAACUGUUGGUGUUCGUCUCAGUCUCCGUCCUGGUCGUGCUGCUGCUGCGACAUUGGAUGGCCAACAAGCAGUACGUCUUCAACAAAGAAGACGUCGCCAAAUUGGCCAAACAGUACGCAGGACAGGACCAUGAGCAGGCCUUCUCCAAAGUGGUGGUGGAGCUUAGGAAGAGGUAUCCUGGCCACAUCCUGCCGGACGAGGACCUGCAGUGGGUGUUUGUGAAUGCUGGAGGUUGGAUGGGCUCCAUGUGUCUUCUCCACGCCUCGCUCACAGAAUACCUGCUGCUCUUCGGUACAGCGGUGGACACAGGAGGACACUCAGGUCGUUACUGGGCUGAGAUUUCUGACACCAUCAUAUCAGGAACCUUCAGGCAGUGGAAAGAGGGGACAACCAAGAGUGAAAUAUACUACCCUGGUGACACCAUCGUACACAGUGUAGGUGAAGCCACGUCGGUCCACUGGAGCGCUGGGACGUGGAUGGUGGAGUACGGCCAAGGCUUCAUCCCCUCCACGUUGGGAUUCGCUCUGGCAGACACCUUGUUCAGCACCCAGGACUUCGUCACAAUGUUCUACACCAUACGUGUCUAUGUCAAAUGUCUGCUGCUCGAAGCUGGUACACUACUUACAGAGGCCGGAGUUUUCUGAGGCACGGUCGAGGCUCAGAUACCCACACAGGGACAAUAACAUCAAAACAUUCAACAUUCAAACAUUCAAAGUUUGAAUAUUUUUACCUGCAAUUGUAGUCCAUUCAAAUUUGCACCAGUACAGUUAAUCUUGUCUACAUUUAUGUUCUUGCCUCUCAUUAAGGCUGUCUGAAAGAAGCCUCUUUCACUUUACCCUGUGAUGUCAAACUGCAACCACAACAAUGCAACAAUUACCACUCAAUGCUAUAACACUCUCCAAAAUCAGUAACACCCAAGAACUCUCAGUGAAGCCUUAGUCCGUUGCCCUUAGUGAUAGUCAGCACCGUACACUACACAAUGAGCCUUCCUCUGAGAGCUCAAACUGCCUACAUAGUAAGUGACAACAUUCAUGUUUUCAAGGAUCUUUCUUAAAGAAUUGAGCCCCAAAGACAACGAAUGACAAGUAGUUUGUAUGUAGUUGUGUGUAGUUGCCAAUUCUGAGAUUCUUCUAGGAAAAAUUCAUAACCAGGCUUUGAGCAUUAAAACUUUUAGCAACCAACUACUUUUAACAAUAAGCACUGAUUUAAAAAAUGCUGAAGCUGUGAUAUGAGAACUGGGUGUUGAUCGUCAAAAUUGAGGACCAAUAAAUUAUUUUUAAAACAAAUAUGCAAUGCGUAAUUUGGCUUGUAAAACAAAUACACAAUAUAUAAUGCAAAGCCAAAGCCACUAUUUUCUUAGUAAAUACUUGUUUCAUAUUUCUAUGCAUGUGGACUCUCAGUAAAUAAGAGUCUUCAUAAGUUCCUAAACAAUCACAGAAACUAAUGUCUAGAAGCCAAGAAGCACAUUUUGCUCCAAAGAUCAAGCCUGUCUUUAUAUUUGGCUCCAUUUCCUCAUAAUUUUACAAUCAAUGAUCGGUUAUAUUGUUUUGAAAAUGUGGAAAACCUGGAGGGAUAUACUGAAGAAAACUGCCUGUAGAAAUGUGCCAUGUUUGAUUCAUUAUGCGCUUUAGUUCAGGUCAUACCUGAAAUAGUCACUAUAUCAUGGUGUGGGUUCGACUACUUCAGAGCUACAGAUUUUUAAUGGAGACGUUUUCAAAUUACCUCUUUGUUUUUCUCAUAACUCUUAACUAUUUUAGGCUUAAUAUAUCAGGGGUGAAUCAUUUUCUUUCUCUCAACACCUUGGUAACGGGUUAUCUAAUCAGAUUUGUAGCCCUGUGGCUUCUUUUCACAUUAUAAAGCAAUUAAUAUAUAUACUGAAUACUGUACACUGUGUGGUGCUGUUAUGCACACAACAAAUGUCUUGAGAAAUUUAAAUUUUUUGGAAUGUUUGAAAUCUAUAUUUGAAAACUUACCUUACUGUUCUGUACUUAUGACCUCUGCCGUGUUAAACUGUAAGUUGUACACAUGUUUAGUUUAUUUAAUAGGAUGGAUUGAAUAUGUAAAAGGUGGCUUAAUUCAAAAACCACAUCUGAAAUAUUUCUGACAUUUUUAUGUGCUGAAAUAGGGUUGGUACAAUCAUUUAUAAGAUGGAACUGUAGAGAUAAACUUGAAUAAUUUUGAGCUCUGACCAAGUGAGGCUGCUUGGCCACUGUGUCUUCAUCCGCCGUUCAUUUUCUGGUACUUGCACUAGCCCAACAGGGCAAGAACACAAUCUACAGUCAUCGUCCUCUACAUUGUAAUAUAAUACAGAGCGAAAAUGGCAGAAAAUCGAAGCCUUUCAGAAAUAAUAUUGGUGUAUUUCAUCUGGAAUUGCACUGUGCAAACAAAUCACUGCUGCUGAAACCACCGUCUCCUAGUUUGAACAUUUUCAGAUAAAAUACACUUAUUUUCAGACGUAUGCCUGAAACCAUCAAAUACCAUAUAUGGUUUCUGUGUGAGUUCAAUUAUACCGUAUACUGUACAAAACUGGACUUAUUUGGUUUAAAUACAUCAGCAUCAGUAGGAGCGUUGAUUCAUUCCUUCCUUAAAUGCUCAAACGAGCAAUUUACUGUAAGGUAAAACUGAAAACUGUCAUUACCAAAAUAAAUG